AUGCAUAUAUUUCCGCAGUUGCGGAAACUCGAAGAGAAAUACGCCCAGGAACUGGUCGUCGUUGGCGUUCAUUCGGCCAAAUUCCCCAAUGAGAAAGACGCUGACAACGUGCUGCGCGCCGCCCAGCGCUAUGAGUUGAAACAUCCCAUCGUCAACGAUACCGAGUUUGAGGUGUGGCGCCAGUAUGCCUGCCGCGCCUGGCCCACGUUGAUGUUCGUGGAUCCGGCUGGCAAGGUGAUCGGUAAGCACGAAGGCGAGCUGCCCUUCGAUGACUUUGAUGCGUUGCUCGGCCAGAUGAUUGCCGAAUUCGACGCCAAAGGCAUGAUCGACCGGCGCGACCUGCAUCUAAAACCCGAUGCCCUGGAAGAUGAGACGCUGGCCUUCCCCGGUAAAGUCCUGGCCGAUGGCCCGGGCAAUCGCCUGUUUAUCGCUGAUACCAACCAUAAUCGGAUCAUCAUUUCCGACCUCGACGGUGCGGUGCAGGCGGUGGUGGGUUCUAGCGCCGAGGACUUCAUCGACGGCGCCUAUGGUUCGGCCGCAUUCAAUCACCCGCAGGGAAUGGAACUGGUCGGGAACAUUGUGUACGUGGCCGACACCGAGAACCAUGCCAUCCGAACUAUUGACCUGAGCCGUCAGACAGUAAGCACAAUCGCCGGAACUGGCGAACAGGGCAUGGAUCGGAGGGCGAUCGGCCCCGGCGCCCAGGUCGCCCUGAGCAGCCCGUGGGAUCUGACGCAUCACCAGGGUCAACUGUACAUCGCAAUGGCCGGCAUCCAUCAGCUUUGGCGGCUGUCGCUGGCCGAUGGCGUGGUGCAACCGCACGCCGGAACCGGUGCGGAGAGCAUCGAGAACGGCCCGCUGGCCACGGCGACCCUGGCGCAACCGAGCGGCAUUACGGUGGGUAACGACCUGCUGUAUUUUGCCGAUUCCGAAACCAGCAGUAUCCGGAGCGCCGGCCUGGAUCCGGUGAUCGGGCGCGUCGCCACGUUGGUCGGCAUCGACCUGUUUGCCUUUGGCGACCGGGACGGGGUGGAGCACCACGUGCGGCUGCAGCAUCCCAUCGGUAUCGAAUGGCACGAGGGCGAGCUGUUUUUGGCCGACACCUACAAUCACAAAAUCAAGCGACUGUUGACGUUAACCCGGUCCGUACAAACUGUAUUGGGUUCAGGAGCAACGGGCUUGCACGACGGCACCGGUCAACACGCCACAUUUAGCGAACCCAGCGGCCUGAGUUUCGCCAGAUUCGACGGCGACCGGCCCGAUCUGUUGUACGUCGCCGACACCAACAACCAUGCGGUGCGCGUUGCCGAUUUGCAAGCAAACCGGGUCUGGACGCUGGAACUUACCGGUCUGUAA